AUGAUCCUCACAAAUUGCGCCGCCUGCGCCGCCCCACUGGCCCACAACGCGCCGCGAUGUGUUAGAUGUAAGGUUAGAUACUGCAAUCGGACUUGCCAAAUGGACCACUGGCGCCGCGGCCACAAGCAGAUUUGUAAGGAAAUACACCGCGGCGGCAACGCGGAAAAAUACCACGCCGACAAAAAAUACAAGGAGGCCGUCGCGGUCGCGGUCAAGAAAUGCGCGGCCGACACGAAGGGCCAUACGUGCUACAUCUGCACGGAGGCCGUCCAUUGGAAGACGAAGGAGGGCCUCGUGCGAAUGUGCGCGUGCCGUGGGACGUCGGGUUUUGCGCACGUCUCGUGCCUGGCGGAGCAGGCGAAGAUUUUGUGUGACGAGGCCGAGAAGAAUAAUCUGGGCCUCAAGGCGAUAAAUAAGAAGCUUGAGCGCUGGUACGCGUGUGGCCUGUGCGAGCAAUACUACCAUGGGGUCGUGUACUGCGCGCUCGGAUGGGCGUGCUGGAAGACGUACGUGGGUCGGCCGGAGACGGACACUGCUCGACGCAUGGCGAUAAGUGUCCUUGCGCUCGGUUUAUUCGACGCAAGACAAUACAAGGACGCAUUAUCUGUGCAGGAGGCCGAGUUGUCUAUGCUGCGGCGCAUUGGCGCAGCAGAAGAGAACAUUCUCGUCGCGCAGGGCAAUCUUGCAAACACGUAUCAAAAUAUUGGAAGGAAUGAGGAUGCCCUACGCAUGCGAAAGAUCGUAUAUUCAAGAACUUUGAGGCUCCAUGGCGAAGAGUAUGUAGGAACCCUCGUAGCAGCUAACAACUGCGCGGCGGUCCUUGCUGAGCUAAAGCGCUUCCCAGAAGCCAAGGCACUGCUGCGCAAAGUGAUACCCGUCGCGCAGCGCGUUUUUGGGCAGUCGCAUGAAGGCACGUUCAAGAUGAGGUGGAUUUACGCGCGGGCGCUCUGCGAGGACGCCGGUGCCACGCUCGACGAUCUCAACGAGGCAGUGACGACGCUUGAGGACAUAGAAAGAACCGCGCGGCGCGUACUUGGUGGCGCGCACCCAACCACAAUGGGGAUUGAGCGAUCCCUACAAAACUCGCGAGCGGAGCUCCGAGAUGCGAUGGCGUCUAGGGAGAUUUAA